AUGUGGCUAGAAGUUACAUUAAAAGGAAUGCACCUAGCCGUGGGUACCGCUUAUCGACCUGAGCACCAGUUCGUAAACAAAUCCAUUGAAGAGUUAAGCGAGACACUAAGUGCCUUAUCUGCGUACAGCUUUCAAUGUCUGUUAACUGAUUUCAACAUUAAUCUAUUGGAAAAAGACAGUAAAAAUUCGAAGGAUUUUCUAGAAUUCCUAAAUCAGCAAAAUUACACACAGAUUGUACAGGAGCCAACAAGAGUUACUGAAACAACCUCAACUCUCUUAGAUUUAAUUAUCACAGAUACACCCACGCGCUGUAGACAUGUAAAGGUAAUACACAAUGCAAGCCUGAGUGAUCAUGCAUUGAUAAUAGCAGUUUUUAAUAUUAAAAAGCCCAAAAAGCGGGUACGCUACAUUUCUAGGAGAAGUUUCAAUAAAAUUAACGAAAAAAUGUUCUACGAAGAUCUACACGCUAUACCGUGGGACAAUAUAAUGUUUAUGGAGAAUAUUAACGAGAUGGUGGAACAGUUCAACAAAUCGUUACUAGGGUUGUUUGACAAACAUGCACCAACCACGUACGUUAAAGAUAAUGAGAAUCCGCACCCUUGGAUAACGGAGAACAUCAAACUAAUGAUGAACUUAAGAGAAGAAGCGUUAAAAAGAGCACAUAAAUACAACGUAAAUUCAAACUGGGUAUACUAUCGGAAUCUUAAGAAUCUCACCAAUGCUAGCAUCAAAAGGGAGCAGUCAGCCUAUUUUACGUUUUACGUAAAUAAUAAUGCCAAAAACUCAGCUAUGGCUAAGAUCAUAGAAAAGCUGAUUUGUUGCCAACUGUCUACGUUUCUGGAAGCACAUAACCUACUCCCGGCGGUACAAUCCGGCUUUAGGAAGGCUCAUGGAACGGCAACUGCGCUAGCAGCGGUCACAGAUGACAUUCUUUCGGCAUCAGACAGAGGAGAAGGUACCAUUCUCGUGCUGCUGGAUUUUUCUAGAGCGUUCGAUUGCAUUGAUGUGGAACUCAUGUUGGCGAAACUGCACUAUUACGGGGUGGAUUCAAAGGCAUGUGCGUGGUUUAGGUCAUUCCUAAUCAACAGAAGACAAUUCGUAGCUAUUGACGCUAACAGUAUAGAACCACUCAUAUCGCAGACAGGUGGACCGUCGGAGAUGGCGGAUGAACUGUCAUCGGGGAGGGAUGGCGCUCCAGGACCGCAGACGCGUUCACGCCGGAGCAACAGGGCGGUUGCAGUAAGGGGCGGAGCUUCAGCCCGUACCCCUGUUGUUGCGAGGUACUCGCGCCGGGAUGAUUCUGUUUCGCCGAGCUCCCGGAACUCGUCGAUGUCGCGGUGCUCGACGCCGGUAUCAAGGGGGAACUAUGGCGUGAGAAGCGCCAUGACAGAACUCAGGGCGGCGGCUGAGGAACAGAAGGAGGCUGCCUUCAAUCGGUUCCUUCAGGGCCGCAUAGGAGGACAGGAGGCUCGAACCGCAGUUCUGGAUGCGGAGGAGGAACCGGCGAGCGAAGAGUCUUGCCGGGAGGACCCCACUAAGCUCGGUGUGCAAGAGUUGCGUGCCUGGGCCGGAAGGAGCACGGCGUCCCUCAUUCAGAUGGCUGGUAAGUCCAGUAAUCUGAAAGGGACGUACGUUAAAAAAUUUAAGGAGGCUGCCUCGGAGCUGCAAGCCAUAGUGGAGGCCCUCAGCUCACGGACUGAGGCUGAAGAAACCCGCCGCUUGCGGGCAGACAAUGCCCGCCUCCGCUCUGAGCUUGACCUUAUAAGAACGGAGCAGAAGGCGUAUCGGCGGGACUUCGCGGAGAUGAAGACCGCGAUGGCCAAAGAGGCGGCUAGAGCAGCGACGAGAGGGGCAGGAGCGCCCGUGCCACCUGCAGCGGCCUUUGAUGCAGACGUAUUGGAGGAGCUGAAAGCCUCCAUAGUGGCCUCAGUCGGGACGAUGCUAGACGCCCGCUUCGCGGGAAUCGAGGAGCGUCUCCUCCCAGAAAAGGUGACACGCCCGCCGCUCUCCUCGGAUAGAAGAGGGCCGCCACCAUCGCGCUCCGCUGGGACCUCACAGGCGGCUCCGGCUCGAUCGGGUGGCCUCAGAACGAGCGUGGCUCCAGCGACUCCUGGGGAGACUCCAGCGAGGGCAGGCCCAAGCCGGGCAGCACAGCCGGAGGCUGAAACUUGGUCGGAAGUGGUGGGCCGAAAGACCAGGGGCAAAAAUAACCCAGGCGCCAAUCCCGCGUCGUCAACUCCGAGGCCCCCGCCCACAGCGGCCCCUAAGCGGAAGCCCAGUCUGGCUCCCCCUAAGACGGCCGCCGUUAUUAUAACUUUGGCUCCCGAGGCGGUCAGUAGAGGGGUGACCUACGCUCAGGUCUUAGAGCAGGCUGAGCAAAGGGUUAACUUGGGCGAGAUUGGUAUAGGCGCGGGGAUGCGGAUUCGCCGCUCUGCGACAGGGGCUAGGCUCUUGGAGUUGCCGAAGGAGAACACCCAGGACCAGGCCGAGUUAUUGGCAGGUCACCUUCGCAAAGCGUUGGAGGGGGUAGCGGAGGUUGUUCGCCCUACCAAAACGGCGACCCUUCGUGUCACCGGGUUGGAUGACUCCGCAACUGCGGUAAAGGUGGCGGCGGCUGUAGCACGCGCAGGAGGCUGCUCGAUUGUUGCGGUCAGGGCGACUCCGGUGCAGAGGAGCCCCAUGGGCAUGGGGUCGUCCACCGUUUACUGCCCGGUGGAUGCGGGCAAAAAGGUCUGCGAGGCCGGGCGUCUGUUGGUGGGCUGGAGCUCCGUCAGAGUCCAGGCCCUGGAGCAGCGCCCUCUUCGCUGCUACAGGUGCCUGGGGAUGGGGCACACGGUAGCCUUGUGUACCUCUGAAACCGACCGGAGCAAGAUGUGCUACCGGUGCGGAGAAGAGGGACACAGGCACUCAGGGUGUGAGAGGCCCAUACGCUGCGCCGUCUGCGCGGACGCCUCUCAGCCGUCGGGGCACAUCAUGGGGGGGAAGAGCUGCCACCCCCCUCAAGGGAAGGCGAACUUAAACCACUCUGCGGGGGCUCAGGACCUCCUACUGCAGUCCGCCGCAGAGUGGUCUAUCGACAUAGUCGUGGCUUGCGAGCCAUAUUAUGUCCCCGCUCAGGAACGCUGGGUUGGAGACAUGUGUGGCUCGGUUGGCAUUGUCGCGGCGAACGGCGCCGGUCCUCCCCUCUCACCUCUCGAAAGGGGUCCCGGGUUUGUGGUUGCGGGAUGGGGACAGUACAUUAUUGUCGGCCUGUACUUUUCCCCUAGCCGCACGCUGGCAGAAUUCGAGGAUUUCCUCGACUCUGUCAGCGAAGCCGUCCGCCGGCACAAUGGAGGGCGAACCCUGGUUCUUGGAGACUUCAAUGCCAAGAGCCAGGCGUGGGGGAGUCCCACUUCGGACGGCAGAGGCAGGGCGGUGCUGGUGUGGGCUGCGCACCUCGGGCUCUCCCUACUCAAUAGGGGGACAGCCCAUACCUGCGUCCGCGCGCAGGGUGGCUCCAUCGUGGACCUGUCGUUUGCCUCCCCCUCGGUUGCCGACAGAGUCGCCAACUGGAGGGUAGAGGACGGGGUGGAGACCCUAUCGGACCACAACUAUGUCCGAUUUGAGGUCUCCACAUCCCCGGUGGUCGCGAUGGCACCUCCCCAGGGUCCAAAUCGCCUCCCACGUUGGUGUCUCACCCAAAUGGACCGGGAGUUGGUCAAAGAGGCCUCCAUUAUUGUACGGUGGGCCUCUUCCGGAGAUGAGAGGGACACCAGUGUGGGAGAACGGGCGGAGCAGCUGCGCGCGGACCUCACGGAGGUAUGCGACUCAGCAAUGCCGAGGGCGCGUGGAUGGCGCCGCCGUAAACGGGUGUACUGGUGGUCGGACGAGAUCGCGGUCCUACGUAUCGCCAGUCACCGAGCCCGCAGGGACUAUGUCCGGUGCCGCAGGCGGAACGGACUGGACGUAGUUCUGGAGGAGCAACUGCGGGAGGUUUACGGCCAGGCCAAGAGGGCCCUACAGUUGGCCAUAAGCUGCGCCAAGGAGCGUGCCCGGGAGGAACUGCUGGAGGGCCUGAGUAGGGACCCCUGGGGACGCCCUUAUCGCGUGGCGAGAAGGAAGCUCCGUAACCAGGGACCCCCAGUAACCCAGACCCUCCAGCCGGAGCUCUUGCGGAGCGUCGUCGAGGGACUCUUCCCGGACUCCCAGGGACAUGUCCCUCCAACGAUGGUACCCCAGGCCGGAAGGGGCUCCACCCCCCUGGCUGAUAGCGGUUCUGUUCCGCUGAUCACCGGGGAGGAGAUGGACGUAGCCCUUGGCCGCCUCCGGUCCAAGAAGACGGCACCUGGACCGGACGGCAUCCCGGGUCGGGUCAUAUACAUGACCCGGGAGUUCCUCGAGGCAAGACUCCGGGAGCUGUUCAACCAGUGUAUACUGGCUGGACGGUUCCCCAAGUCUUGGAAGGAGGGACUGCUGUGCCUUAUCCGCAAAGCAGGGCGACCGUUGGACGCUCCGUCGGCGUACAGACCGAUAGUCUUGCUCAACGAGGUCGGGAAGGUCUUUGAGAAGAUCCUUGCAGACCGACUAGUUGGGCAUCUGGAAACUGUCGGUCCAGGGCUAUCGGCGGAGCAGUACGGCUUUAGGGCGGGUCGCUCGACCAUUGACGCCCUAGAGUCGUUGAAGGCCCUGACGGAUGAGGCAGUUGCCGGGGGGGACGUCAUUCUCGCCGUCUCCUUGGACGUCACGAAUGCCUUCAACAGCCUCCCCUUUGAGACUCUUCUAGAGGCACUUCGGUACCAUGAAGUGCCUCCGUAUCUCAGGAGGCUGUUGGAGUCAUACCUCCAGGAUAGGUGGAUAUCCUGGACGGGGAGUGGCGGGCAACGAGAGCGGCGGAAGGUGCUCAAUGGGGUCCCGCAGGGAUCGGUUCUCGGGCCGGUGUUGUGGAACAUCGGCUUCGAUUGGCUCCUGCGGGCCCCCAUGCUGCCGGGGGCAAGGGUGUUAUGCUAUGCGGAUGACACUCUAGUCACGGCACGCGGGAGCACCUUUGCGGAGGCGUCCCGCCUGGCCACGGUCAGCGCGUCUCUAGUGGCAAGGAGGGUCCAGGCCUUGGGUCUGAGGGUUUCGGUCCCUAAGACCGAGGCCCUCCUCUUCCAUGGCCCUCGCAGAGGUCCACCACGAGGUGCCCAAAUCACCGUCCAGGGUGUUCAGGUGGAAAUAAAGGCCCAGAUGAAGUACCUGGGCCUCACCCUGGACGGACGGUGGAGUUUUAAAGGGCACUUCGAGCUGCUUGCGCCCAGACUCGUCGGAGCGGCAGCCGCUCUGGGGAGGCUUUUGCCCAACAUCGGGGGGCCGGACUCAGCCUGCAGGCGCCUGUAUGCGGGUAUCGUCAGGAGUAUGGCGCUGUACGGGGCUCCAGUAUGGGUGCACGCAUUGACUCCGCAGAAUAUCACACUACUGCGGAGACCGCAACGCGUAAUCGCGGUGCGUGCGAUCCGGGGCUACCGUACGGUGUCUUGGACGCGGUGGCUGAAGCGGCGCCAUGGCGCGCUGACGUAUCGCCUCGUGCAGGUCUUGACAGGCCACGGCUGCUUCGGUCACUAUCUCUACCGCGUCGCGAGGAGAGAACCGACCCCUUUGUGCCAUGAGUGCGGCGCUGCGGAUGACACGGCUCAGCAUACCCUUGAGGUGUGCAAUAAAUGGGAUCCUCAGCGCCGCGCUCUGGUGGCGGAGAUCGGAGGGGAUCUCUCGCUGCCCAGCGUAGUGUUUGCCAUGCUGAGCAGCGAGAGAUCUUGGGAGGCCGUAGCUGACUUCUGCGAAGAGAUCAUGUCGCAGAAGGAGGCCGCGGAGCGGAUGCGUGAAGAAGAUCCAAACGCGCACCCGCUCCGGCGCAGACGGGGGGGAAGAAGACGGCGGCAAUUUGCCGCUCGUCAGCUUCCCUUGGGAGGCGGCGGGUAG